CAACAACACUACCAGAAUGGCGUCCCCUUUAUCCUGUUCCUGUUCCAUCAUCUCUCACACUCACAGGCCAAAUUCCAAUCUCUCAUUCCUCCAUCCUUUUCAAUUAAACAAAGCAUUUUUCCACACCACAACUCCAGCAACACCAAUUUAUCCUAGACUCACUCGUAUUUCCCCAAAGAACAAUGCUUCUUCCAUGGAAUUGACAAAGAGGCCAACUACUCCUUCCAUUUUGUUAACACAUUUGGAGAGUUCAAUGAAGCAAUUUCAGAGCUUAAUGGCUGUGAUUGUUAUCUUUAUUGAAAUUGCAUCUCCAAUACCUUUGUAUGGUUGGCAAGCUUGGUCCAUUUCUCCUGCUGAGGCAGUGCUUUAUUCCCCUGAAACAAAGACUCUCCCUAGAACAGGAGAAUUAGCUCUCAGAAGAGCUAUCCCAGCCAACACAAAUAUGAAAACUAUACAGGAUUCUCUUGAGGACAUCUCAUACUUGCUCAGGAUUCCACAGCGAAAACCUUUUGGAACAAUGGAGGGUAAUGUGAAGAAAGCACUUAAGAUCGCAACAGAUGAAAAGGCAUCCAUCCUGGCUAGCAUACCAGCUGAACUGAAGGAAGAGGGUUCAGUCUUGUACACAUCUCUCAUAGAGGGCAAGAGUGGAUUACAAAAACUUCUGCAGUACAUAAAGGAUAAAAAUACAGAUAGAGUAUCAGUUGGUCUUGCAUCUACACUUGAUACUGUUGCACAGCUGGAGUUGUUACAGGCCCCAGGAUUAUCAUUUUUGUUGCCUCAGCAGUACUUGAAAUACCCAAGGCUCACAGGGAGAGGAAUAGUUGAAUUUACAGUUGAGAAAGUAGAUGGUUCAGCAUUUUCUCCUGAAGCUGCUGGUGAAGCCAAAAGCACUGCAAAAAUUCAGGUUGUUAUAGAUGGAUAUUCAGCACCACUGACUGCAGGGAACUUCGCAAAACUGGUGGUUGAUGGGGCAUAUGAUGGGAUGAAGCUAACUUGUGCAAACCAAGCAAUUCUUUCAGACAGCGAGGUGGGCAAGACCACUGGGUACAGUGUUCCCUUAGAAAUCAAGCCAUCCGGACAAUUUGAACCCCUUUACAGAACAACUUUAAGCGUUCAGGAUGGGGAGCUGCCUGUGCUGCCAUUAUCCGUUUAUGGUGCAGUUGCAAUGGCGCAUAGUGAUGUAUCAGAUGAGAAUUCAUCACCAAGCCAGUUCUUCUUCUAUCUUUAUGAUAAGAGAAAUUCUGGCUUGGGAGGUUUGUCGUUUGACGAGGGUCAAUUUUCGGUUUUCGGAUAUACAACUAUUGGAAGAGAUAUCCUUCCCCAGAUCAAAACUGGAGACAUAAUUCGAUCUGCAAAGCUGGUGGAAGGACAAGACCGCCUCGUUUUACCACCACUGGAGAACUAACAUUAUAUCUUACAAUUUUUGAAAAUUUCAACAUGUCAUUCUUUGUUGCGGGUCAUUUAUUAGUACCAAAAAUGGAUGCUUCUUCUUGUAAAACAGAACAACUGAAGUGUUUGAUUCUUGAUGUGUGCCACUUUCACUAGUGCAAGUUGGAAUUGGCUUUGCAGAGGAUAAUAA